AUGGCUUCUGUCGCCCGUCUCAGCAACGCUGCCCUGCGGGCUUCUCUCCGCUCUUCUCCUAUCAAUGGCUCUGUCUUCAACGCCGUUCGAUGCUAUUCGGCCAAGACUCAGACCUUGAAGGAGCGAUUCGCCGAGUUGCUGCCCGAGAAGAUUGAGCAGGUCAAGGCCCUCCGAAAGGAGCAUGGUUCCAAGGUCGUCGACAAGGUCACUCUUGACCAGGUCUACGGUGGUGCCCGUGGCAUCAAGGCCCUCGUCUGGGAGGGUUCCGUCCUCGACUCUGAGGAGGGUAUCCGAUUCCGUGGCAAGACCAUCCCUGAGUGCCAGGAGCUUCUUCCCAAGGCUCCCGGUGGCAAGGAGCCUCUUCCCGAGGGUCUCUUUUGGCUUCUCCUGACUGGCGAGGUUCCUACUGAGCAGCAGGUUCGCGACCUCUCCGCUGAGUGGGCUGCCCGCUCCGAUCUUCCCAAGUUCGUCGAGGAGCUCAUCGACCACUGCCCUACCGACCUUCACCCCAUGGCCCAGUUCUCUCUGGCUGUCACCGCUCUCGAGCACACCUCCAGCUUCGCCAAGGCUUACGCCAAGGGUAUCAACAAGAAGGAGUACUGGGGUUACACUUUCGAGGACUCCAUGGACCUCAUUGCUAAGCUCCCCAACAUUGCUUCUCGCAUCUACCAGAACGUCUUCAAGGGCGGAAAGGUCGCUCCCAUCCAGAAGGACAAGGAUUACUCCUUCAACUUCGCCAACCAGCUCGGCUUCGCCGACAACGCCGACUUCGUCGAGCUCAUGCGUCUCUACCUCACCAUCCACACCGAUCACGAGGGUGGUAACGUCUCUGCCCACACCACUCACCUUGUCGGCAGUGCUCUCAGCUCUCCUUUCCUCUCUUUGGCCGCUGGUCUCAAUGGUCUCGCCGGUCCCCUCCACGGUCUUGCUAACCAGGAGGUCCUGAACUGGCUCACUGAGUUCAAGAAGUCUGUCGGUGACGACCUCAGCGACAAGGCCAUCACUGACUACCUCUGGUCCACCCUCAACGCUGGCCGUGUUGUCCCCGGUUACGGCCACGCCGUCCUCCGAAAGACUGACCCUCGUUACAUGGCUCAGCGUGCUUUCGCCCAGGAGAAGAUGCCCAACGACCCCAUGUUCAAGCUCGUCUCCCAGGUUUACAAGAUCGCUCCUGGUGUCCUCACCGAGCACGGCAAGACCAAGAACCCUUACCCUAACGUCGAUGCCCACUCCGGUGUCCUUCUCCAGUACUACGGUCUUACUGAGGCCAACUACUACACCGUCCUCUUUGGUGUCUCUCGCGCCAUCGGUGUUCUUCCCCAGCUUAUCAUCGACCGCGCUCUCGGUGCCCCCAUUGAGCGACCCAAGUCUUUCUCCACCGACAAGUGGGCCGAGCUCGUUAAGAAGCUGUAA